CGCAGAGGAAAGUAAUGGCCACGCCACUAUGGCGCGUAGUGCUAGCUCGAGCUCCAGCUGUGAAGUGAGAAAUGUGUGUUGUCGGGGUGUUUCGGUAGCAGAUCUGCGCCGCGAGUGAAUCAUGACUGCCAGCAGCAUGCAACUGAACCGGGAGACGCUGCCUCUCGAAGAGGACGAACUGGCAAGGCUGUCCCGGAAGGCUCCGACGGAGAUCAUCCACAGCGGACACUUUAUGGUAUCCGACAUCGACGAUGCAGACAACACGGACGAAGUUGCGCGAGCCAGCGAGUCGGACUGUGCGACCGAAGUGCCCGGCUCGCUGGCCGCCCCUCUGGCCGAAGCCGUCGAAGAGAUCUCUUUCGACCCUGACGAGGAAAUGGAAGUGGACAAACAUUUGAAGCCGCCGUGCCAUAUAGCCAUCGAUGGUUCGCUGACCAAGCUCUUCGAGUGCAUGACUCUGGCAUACAGUGGCAAGCUGACAUCACCUAAGUGGAAAACAUUCAAGGGACUGAAGCUGCGCCUGAAGGACAAGAUUCGUCUGAACAACAUCAUCUGGCGAGCUUGGCACAUGCAGUUUGUGGCUAGAAGAAGUCCCUAUGUGUGCCAGUUUGCAUCGCCACUUGAAGGAGACACUCACAACAAACCUGAGGCCAUUGUCAUGGAGGGCAAGUACUGGAAGCGCAACUUCGACAAUAUCACCGCCGAGUACAAGAAGUGGAGAAUGUUCUUCUGCAAAAAGAACUCGCGGUUUAGGACUGGGAGAGACUCCAGCACUAAUCCUGUAGACUUGGACCUCCGCUGGCUCUCUCAUGGAGGUUUGAUAGAUGAGGACUUUUUCAUGGACCUCUCAGAAAGCCUCUUCAGCAGCCUGAACCAGCCUUUUGACUUUCCAAAUCCAAGGGAAAUCGCUACGAGGGCUGGCAUAGCAGACUUCAUUCAGCCAGGCCUUAUUCAGCUGCAGCCAGCAUUUGAGGAUUUCAUGGACACACUAGAACCUCUAUCAGAUUACUUCAACUCAAAGCUUCCAACAUUGCCGGAAGAAGGCUCACUCAGUGCUGAAGCAACUACUGUUCAGCCAUUCGGAAUACAGCAGCAGCAGCGGCCGGCCUCUGUGUUCGGUGCUUCCUCCCGGCAGCAGGCAGGUGUAGCGAAUCAUCAACUGCAGCCGCCGCCUACACCCGCAACUGUACAACCGCAGGCACCACAGCAGUUCGCCGCAGAUGCAGCCGCUGCAGGGCCAGGCUUCUCCCUUUGCUCCCACACUGUCACCUCAGCAGUCAGCAGCAGCAGCAGUAGUGAACAGCAUCGAGGGACUCCUAGCGUCGGCUGCACAGCAGCAGCAGCCGCAGCAGCCUUCGCCACCAGCCGCUGGCUUCCCCUGGCAAUCGCUCCCAGACCAUCGUUAGCAACUGUACCUUUUGGAGCCGAAGUACCCCAGUACGUGCCCAAACAGUCGAUACGACCUCAACCGAAGCUUAUGCCACGUCCCCCAGAGCAUGCCAGGCUGGCAGCUGAGCACCACGCAGGUGAAAAGGUUGUGCAGGGGGGUGCCACAGCCAAGCGGCCAUUGUAUCCUGCAUCGCAAGAAACGAUGGAGACUGUUGAAGGCCAGUACAGCAGCAGCAGCAACCUGAUGCGUCCAUUGGCAGGUGGUUUCAUGCCAGCUGAGAAUGCGGUCCCUGCUACGGGCAAGAACAUGAACUUCGCCAUGCCAAAGGUUGCUACGCAGCCAAAGAGCCGGACCAGGUCUCGCAGCAUGUCUACACCGCAGAGCAACUCGAAAAUGUCCACGGCGUUGGCUACUGCCCCAGUUGCAAAGCAGGCUUUAUCUCUAAAUCAGCUACCCCAAGUCAACUCGCCACCACAGGUCUUGACACCCAAGCUCUCGGUGUCAGUGUCUUCAUUGCCAGGAUCCAUGCCAUCCAACUCAGUAUCUCCACCUUUGCAACAAAGUGCUGUUCUCACUCAGCUGUUAGCAUCAGGAAAUGGCUUUUCAUGGGAAGCUCAGGCAGCAGGUGGGAGUAACACACCAAACAGCACAGGGGGAGCCCCAAGUCCUCCCACAGUUACCAUCAUUAACUCUGUGGCACCAUCCCUACCUGCAACAGUUGCACAGCCACAGGCCUUCGUCAUCUCUCCUGUCACACUCUCUCAGAAAUUAUCUUUUGGCAUUCCAGCUGCUCCUGUAGUCGGUCAACAAGCCAAGGCUACAGAUGUCCCUGCAGGCUCAGUUUCUUCAAGUCCAGCAAAGCCAUUUAGGCCGAAGUCAGACGAGGAACGCUUUCAGUACAAGGAGCACCGAAGGGUGUGCCACAUCAAUGCGGAGCAGAAGCGACGCUUCAAUAUCAAGAAUGGCUUUGAAUCCCUGCGGCAUCUGCUGCCCUCUCUGAGCCAAAACCCAGACUCAAAGGUCAGCAAAGCACAGAUGCUGCAACAAGCUGGGGAGUACAUCCGAACACUAAAAAAUGAGCGUCAGCAGCAGCAGGAAGAAGCAGACAGGUUGAAGAAACAGAUUGAGUCUUUCAACCAGGAAAUCAGCUUGUACCAGAACCAGCUCCCUGCAACAGGUGUUCCAUUGCCGUGCCAACGAACGAAUCAUCUAAAAGAAAGCUUCGAAGAAUACGUGCGGGCCAGGACACUUCAGAAUUGGAAGUUUUGGGUUUUCAGCCUUCUUCUGGAGCCGCUGCUGGAGUCAUACAACCAGACCGUCUCCAAGGCCGGGUUCGACGAAAUGUGCAAAACGGUGCUCGUUUGGGUUGAGCAGUACUGUUCGCUCAGGGCUCUGAGGCCAGGUGUCCUGGAUUCAUUGAAGCACCUCAGCAAAUCUACAAACAUACUUUCUGACCCAAGUCGGCUACCAGAGGAAGCCACACAGGCAGUUACCAAGAGGGAGUCAGUGCCACAGUUCAAGUUCUCAACUCAGCGUCAGAAGGAAAGGUAACAGUUCCUGUGAAACCACCGACUAACAGUGCAAGUAGUGGUCCGCAGAAAAGUCAGCCCGCCUUGGCUAAGAUUAGAGUCAUUGCAGUGAAGCCAUGGCUUCCCCUUUUCGGCUGGGAUAUGCCACUCCUGUCUGCAGUGGCACAGAUAAGUCACUUCAACUACCCUCAGCCACUGGGGCCACCGUGUGGCCGCAUUGUGUUUUGUAAAUGCCGAGAAUGCCCAUUCCUUUUGGAGGCAGCUUGCAGUGUUAGAUUAUGUGAUUGCGAGAGAGAUUCUCUCUCAGCACUUGUGCCUUUUUGUCGAUUGCUUGCUCUUGCUUCUGCUUUGCUGAAUUACCUCCUCCUUUUGUUUAGCCUCAUAUGUGACCUUUUUGUACACACUGUCAUCAGCAUAACUUGUAUGUAUGGUUUUCUUAUAGAUACUUCGGUACAUGAAUAACACGCCUUACUUCGGUACAUGAAUAACACGCCUUGCUCUCUCUUUAUAUUUACUUACAGGUUUGCUGUCAACAAAAACAUUUUUUUUUACCUUUUACUUACUUGGCAACUUUCACACAUUUGAUGCGUGCCACCUAUCAAAGCCACUGCCCACCUCUGAAUACAGUAGACUCUCAUUAAACAUAACCUGAAGGGAGUGGGAAAACGUGUUCUAUUUAACAGAAGUUUCGUUUACCGAGAGGUGAGCUGGGUUGCAGCAUUCAAGUAUGAAGCCAAUUAUAUGAGAGGCAGUUGUUCCAUUUAAGCAGCAGUUCUGUUUAACAGAUUCUCGUUUACUGAGAGUCCACUGUACUUCAAUCAUGCCAAUCGUAAAACUCCGUUCUGAAGUUCCGACAUGCUCGUACAAAAAUCUACAGAGGCUAGCAAAUUGACAUGACACCUGCGUGCAGCAGCAGAUGAAGAGUGCGUUGUUGCAGUCUUCAUUUUUAUUGCAUGAUUUAGCGUACUGAAGAUCGUGCAAAAACAGGAUAUUCGAAGAAUUCUGUGGCCGCAGUAUUGUCUAAAAUAUCAAGCCGCUAAAGUAAAUGCACUGUUCGUUUUGCCAAGCAUGCAGUCUUUUGCAGUGCAUAAUACAAGAAAAUGCUGCUGAUUAUACUCCAUCUCACCACUGCCAUUCAGUACCACCAAGGCUAUGGAAUGCAAGCAAGCUGCGUGCUUGUGCACCAAAACAUAGUUUCAGAAAUAAUUACUUUACAUUCAGUAGUAUUGAGACAUUUAUGCUUGUUUGGCCCAUGUUACAUCACAUUGAUACAUAAUAUUGUUUAUUCUUCUUUGCAUUGAUGUCGUUUGUCUUUAAUUGCCAUAUCAGUAACCGUUGGCCAACCGAUUACAAAUCAACUUGGCAGCGCCCAUGCAGAUGUCACCACCAGCUUCAAUCCGAACUAGUGCUUUCUGUUCUCCCACUGCGCUGGCCGCAGCAAACGAAUAGUUGAAUGAGCCAUCGCCCUGUGCCAUUUCAGGCUGAGGACAAAGCAUCAGGUACCUUUGGUUGUUAUUCUUGAGGUAACCGUUUGUUUAGCGCCGCCUGCUAAGACUAAUGCAUUAAGAAUUUCAUAACGGUUUUUGGAAUUAGCACAAUAUAGUCACGGAUAUAUUUUGGCCCAUUAGUCUAAAGCAGAGAACAGCUUUAAUUUGUAGCUUACAAAUCACACAGCGCAUGAUGGCCGACUUGAUAAACUCAAAGCAGAGAGCACCAAAUGCAAUGGGUGCAUCCAUUAUUUUUUCUCGGUGAUGCUGUCCGUUCACUUUGCUCGCCCUACGUAUGCGAGCAGACGCCAGGGAGACACCAAGAGCAAGACACAACGCGGUUAAAUACAUGUGUUGAGGCUAAUCGGCCUUCCUAUUGGAUAAAAGGCCCCGUAGUAUUCACAGUGCUAAAAGGAGCUUCUGAGAUGGAGUAUAGUCUGUACCUUCGCCGGCACGUGUUGCGGGAAUCGAGAAAUCUUCCCGAUUUGGAGAAAAUUUGGUAUAUGGAGCAUAUCGGCAGUUCUGCGAAAGGUAUGGUUGAAAAACUGUGGCCUGCCCUAAGUAGUUUGUGUAUUGGAUGUAUUGGAAUCUGGCGUUGUUUUUCUGUGGCUUGCAAAAUUUACCAAUGUUACCCAUCUCCAGUCCAGUGUGUGUCAUCAAGCACUUGUAGACUGGUUGGGACAGCAGGACAGCAUUAUGUGCUUGACUUGUAACAUCACAAUCUGCAUUAGUGCAGAGAUGCUAGACCGUCAUUAUUUAAUUAAAAAAGGUUUAACCUUUACUGGUCGUGUUUUGCUACCAGGGGCACUUUGUAACAGCUUAAAAAACUAUUUUUGUACUGUGCCGGCACCAGUUGCAGGAAUGCUUAUUAAUUUAUUGCCUUCCUUUGGAACACUUUAUAGAGCUGGGUUGUGUGUGACUUCAGGAGUUUCCCUGAUCUUCUCUCAGCAUGGCUGAAAAAUUGCAAAAAACAUGGAAUGUUACACCAGCAUGUAUACUUGAAAGAUAGUUUGUAUAUACCAUUAGGCAUGCCUACAAAUGUACUGUCUGUGUUGUUUCCCAGAGCUUUGUAUAACGAUUACCCUUUUCAAUUGAAUCUAGAGCUAUAAGUGCUGUUGUAGAGAAUCCAUUGGCACAGUAGCACAGUAACUUUAAGAGGUAGCCACUCUAUGCUUCUGUGUACAUUCAGCUUCCAUUAAUAUGGCCACUGUAGUAUGUACUGUUACAUCACAUUAAAGCAAACCUCAUUAACACAUUUUACUGCUUGAUAAACAUCUGAGAAACCUUAACCCAUAAGCCUGUUGCUUUAUAUUUCAGUACAACACGUACUGGUGAAAUUGGUUUCUGAGUCUUAAAGUGCCUAAUAUUAAUUAAUUUUUAAUUAAAAAUUCUGCACAUAUAUGCUACCAGUUAAGCUGUGAAAAAUUUACCACAUAGACUGAUCGGAAACUUGGCAGCUCAAAAUUAGGGAAAAAGAAUUGAAUUGAAAACGAAAAUUGAAAAAGUGAAAUUCCAGGCACGGUGUGAAUAUUCGAGCACAUCAAGUAUUCAAACGAAUAUUAGAAUUUUUGAAUUUGCUUCGAUGCAGAUUUAAAGUAAUCAAAAUGUCAAAGCAUUCGAAAUGAACGAAUAUACGUAUAUAAACUGCAAAUCUCUUCUUGUAAAGGUGGUUUGACUGUAGCGGAGGGGUGCUGUACCCGUGAUUAUUUCUAUAAAGGGGAAUUAGCUCUGCCAUGAAGCCCCACUUGAAGGUUAAAUGAACAUAUUACCCUCACAUCGAUUUGGCAUUUUUUUUAGUUUAAAACCUUAUCAAUAUCGGCUUAUAGUAUGCUCUAGGCAGGGUAAACUUUAAAAUGUAACAUAUUUUACAGGCUGUCGCUUGCAUUCUACCGAAAGUCAAAUGCUGCUACUUUUCAAGGUUGCUUCUAUUUCCCUUGGAAGCUCAUGCCUUGUUUCAAUAUUUUAAAUUACUGUGCAGGUUAGUUUGGCCUUAACAUUUAUAUUCAUUCUAAUUAAAAUUAUUCAAUGGAAUCACUAUUUCAACAACACCUGCUUCGAAAACUAGGUUCGAAAGUUUCGAAAAUAAUUUUUCCAGCCAAAACACAUCACGAGUUUUGUCAUACUGGCGAUUAUUAAAUUCUUAAUUAAAUCGGAAAGAAUAUGCGAAUGGUCACAUCAUGACGUUCCGACGCAGCGAAGAGCAGGCGACAUGCUGCUCGCGUGUCACUACUGUGUUGCAGUGAAGAUGUCUUGUUUUCCGCAGGCGCACAUUUUAGUUGAUCACGACAGCAUGUUAUGUUUGUUUGUUUCCCUGGUGGCAGCAGCGAAGCCCGUCGUUCCUCUGUGUUUGCGGCAAAAUAAAGACCAAGCAUUGCUGGAAAGCAUAUUGGAGCCGCAAGCUAGCCAGCACAGCAAACUACAAGCACUGAUUACUUUGAAUAGUUUUAAGUUUCUUGCAUCCCACUUUUUGUAUGUUGUGUUAAUUCAAAGAUUUCUCGCCGCCCCAGUGACUUCAAAUUAACGAGGCUUUACUGUGGUUGGUAAUAAGAUAGCGCUCAGUUUUGCAUUCGUGCACUGUUAUGAAAGAAUACGGUGAGCUGUCUUUAUGUUCAUUUCACACUCGUCAUCAGAAAAAUUAAGCCAAAUUCGUUCUGUCCUGGGUAAGGGCUGCACUUCUCAAGGUGGUGACAAGAAAGUGCAGCCUUUGCACAGCACCCUAUGAUAAGUCCAGCAGCACACACUCCGGCAUGCCUGAGAUUGCAAAUCAAUACAGAAAGCAUUUGGCGUGCGUAUGUGGGUAUAGAACAUUGCUAAGUCGCAGGCAGUCAAGUUACUCCAUAUGAAAACAUAACGGUUGUUGGCUGUAUACCAUUGGAAAACAAAGCUCCUGUGUGCCUUGUCUUGUAUAUGAUUGCAGCUUAUUAGAUCUUGUUUGCUUAAUGGCUUCCAGUCUUAUUGAUAUAACUGUACCUGCUCCCACCAUUCACUUUCAUGCCAGGGAAUUUCACCUAUCUUUUACUUUCACCAUCCUUAACUAGUUGCUCAAGUUUCUACGUUGUCAUGCAUUUUAAUCUAAUCCAGUCAAGCAGCUUGCAGUAGUUGGGGCUAAGCUGUUAAUACCAUCUUUCAGAUUUUCCUUUGUGUCUUCCUCCUGACUUAUUGUACUACGAUAAAAAGUACCAUGGGUAGUUGACGUUUGAGUUUUGAGUUUGAGUUUAUUCAACCACGUGACAAGUACACGAAAGUACAAUGUAUACGUGGUUUGGUGCGAAGGGAAAAAAGCUGCAUUUCACAGCUUGACUGGCCCCUUCACCCAGAAAAAAUCUAAACUACAAAUUUACAAAAAAAUUACAAACAUUACAGGCAGCGGAAAGCGACAAUACAAAAAGAAACACGCAUGUGGCCCAUGACAGCAAAUAAUAGAAUCACAACUCUAAAAUACAUACAAAAAUAUUCAUAACAAAGCAAUGCAUGAAAGAAUAAAAACUGAAUAACCAUUUCAGAAAUCACCCAACAUUCAUUUGUUGGGUGAAUAACCAUUUCAGAAAUCACCCAACAUUCAUUCAUGUUGGGUGACGUGCUUAUUUUAAGACAAUCUUUACGUGAAAAAGAAACUGACUUUCCUUUUAGCAUGCUUUCUGUUUGGUGUUUCCACAGCUGGGAACAUCAGUGAAAAUACUUUUUGGGUAUUCCCUUCAUAAUCAUGUUGGUUGUGUUGCUCUCGUGUCUCCUUAGCCUAUCUUUUGUUAAAAAAACAAAUUUCGGUCUCGUCAGUCUAGGCAGGCAUAAUAUUUCUGGCCACCAUACUAAUGAAAUUUGUUUCACUGUCUUGCAAACCGCUGGGAAAGCUGCUUAGUUGCCUAAGUGUGUACGUUCCUUAGUGAUUAUGCGAUAUCCGCCAUCUGCAAUAAAUUGCAAGGUUCACGACAAUACAGUGUUACCACUUCAGAGCUGUGCUGAAAGAAUGUGCAGAGCAGUGACUGAAAGAAUAAAAGGGCAAUGGCAAGCUAGGUGGGAAAAAGGGAGGAACUGUCAAAGAUGGGAUGCACACUAAAAUAUUGUGACAAUUAAAGGGGUCACUUUUUCAAGUAACCGUGGAAUGAAUUCACUGGAAGACCUUAUUGCCUCUCGAAUUCAACGCCACAAAAAUUUUAAGAAUCUGCCCAGUGCGAGUGGAGUGGGCUGCAACUGAAUUCUCUCUUCUCUCGUCCCAACUAAAGUGCUAGAGGCCAUGCAGGGAGAGAUGGUAGGCGCAGAGAAAAUACGUCAGGCGCGCCUCAUGACCUUGAGCACUUUAUCUUUUUCUUUUUUCUUCGAGUGCGCAACUUUUUUCGUGUGAUCACGCACGUACGCGUGGACAAGUCGCAGCCUGCCGUGGCGAUCUCUGUAACGACCGAGCGCGCCAUGUUCAAAUCAGGCAAUGGCUGAUAGAUAGGUUUGCUAGGAGUGGUUUUUAAGCAUCUUACGUCAUUUGUCGAGAGUAGAGAAAGCAAUUUUUAGCUGAAUUUGAUCAUCUAUUGUGAAUUACAGGUCGUGUGCUGCGCUAUAAUAUUUGGCUCGCGUGUUGUUGAGAGCCUUUACUACCGAUCCGCAACGUUUUCUGACCACGCUCAAAAUGUCUUGCAGGGCCCCUUUAAGCAUUAGCAUGCCCACCUGAGGGACUAAUAAUUGAAUGGGUGUGCCAUGGCUUAAGUUUUCAGACAGGAAUGUACAACUGUGCUAAUGCAAUUGGCUUCUGUUAGUUUGGUUUUGAUAUAUUUGACAAGUUAACUGUUGGAAUCAUCCAAAUGGUUGCAUUAAUAGUACACAAAAAAGCAUGCACAAAGUCACGGUUGCAUUAUUUUUAGCAGUACUUGCUUCUUUCUAACCCUGCUUGUGCUAUGUGUCCUCCAUUUUUACAAGUGAAGUAGAAAGCAAAGUGUAUGUGUACAUCUGGCAAGCGUCUGAACUUGUAACGAGACAAUGAGCACCAUGGUUCCGGCAAUCAAGAAAAAAAAAAGUGAAAAUAAAAGAGGGGCUUACAGAGCUGACAUUCACAGAAUGGGCAUUUAUUUGUGUUCGAUGUCUACUAUCAUCACUCGCAGGCAGCUUUUUAUAACCAUGAGCUAUGUAUCGCCAUCUGUGCAGUCCACUGCAAUUGAUAUAAUACAGCGUUUUCUUGAACUAUUGUGUAACCAUUGUGAACAGAAUUGUGUUUCACACCUACGCUAACUACAUUGCCAGUUCACCCUGUGGUGCACUGAGAUAGUUUUAAGCUGAAAGUUGGGCAUUUCUGCCAGUUACGUACAUGAAAACUUGUUUUGUUACCUUGAGAUUUUAACGACAGUACGGGUGGCUUUCAAGUUAAGCUAUUGCCUAUACAAUUGGUCUCAUAACCGACUGGAACAUUCGGACACCUUUAGCCUGCACAAUAUUAAGUAUAAGGUGCACAUUAUUAAGGGGCAAGUUUAUUAUAGUAAACCAUAAUCGAGGUCAAUAUUCUAUAUUUAGCAACUGUGUCUGUAUUGAACUUAAAAAAUUAGUGCAUUCGGACAUUGAUGAAACUAAUUACCUGGUAUAAUUAAGUCAAUAAUAACUGUCUGAUCACUGUUGCUAUAAAACAGUCGUGCAUUUCUGUAUGUUAAGUGUUGUUUCACGUGACUUAGGGCUCCUGCAUGCCGACUACUCAAGGUUCACUUGUCCCGAGUAGGCCCAUGUCAAGAUCAAAAUUAAUGUGCGGACAGUAGGAAUGUGUGCCCACUGGCCACAGCUAGUUCUUCGCAACAAACUAAGUAGGAAGAAAUCUAAUUAGCUCGAGUUGAUUAAUAGAACUAUGCUGGUCUACCUAUUGAAACUACGGAACUGCUGUUUCUUUACAUCUGAAACAAGGGAGUACAUAUGUGGAUGAAGCAUUUGUUGUUGUCACGCAAUAGUGGCCGUGCACAUGAACAUCCCUACACAUUUUAUGUUCUAUAAAAAAACCUGGCAUUCAUUAAUGCAGAAUCAGGUGUAUUGUGUGUUGGCUUAGGCAGGCGCCUUGAAUGCAUAUAUUUUUAUGACACAUUGCAGUUUUAAGUUCGUGUGCUCUUAAGAACAAGUACAUAGAAGUUCUGCAUCUGCUUUAUUCUACUUUCUAGCUUUCUUGGAGUACAUUUUCAUUGUUUCAGCAGAGCAGUAGCUCUGUAUUUGAGUAUUCGAAUACCUUUGUAUUUGAGUACCUUUGUAUAGAAGUGCUCAUUUGGAAAGCACGAACUGCUGGGAUCUGCAGAAACGUGCAAGAUGUUGUUUGAGUUUGCUCAGUUUCAUUGAGCUAUGUUAUAAAUAGUGAACCAACUUGUUCUAGUGUCAUAUGACCUUGAAAAGAUUAUUGCUGCCUUACCACUGAGUGCGCUCAAUCAUAGCGUGAGUGACGGUUGAUAAACAUGUUCCUAAAGGGCUUGUUUUGUAUAAAUUAAGUGUUUUUUUUAAUUGUGCAAUCUGUAUCUGGCUUCUAUGUUGCAAUAGCAACAUCACUGUUUAUUUAUUAUAAAAUAAUUUUGUUCUGAUAACAGAAGUAGUUCCAAAAGCCUGUUUAACACACCAAUGAAAGCAUUUUAAGUCUGCUGUUUGAAUCGUUUUAAAUUUGGGUAACGUUUUUUUUUGUCUUGUGGGAAAACAAUGCUUGCAACAGAAUCGAAAGUUGGGUUAGUUGGAUAUGCAUGGUAUAACUGUCGUUCAAGCGCAGAAAGGAAAAGAGGAAGCGCUUGUCCUGUCUUCCUUUCUGUUUACUUGUGCACUUCAACGACAGUUAUGCCAACAAUGCUUAUGGCUCCUGUCAUCUGGAGUCAUGCCAAGCAGUAUUGGGAGCAGCUAUAAUCUUUUCAAAGAUGAAAAAUGUAUGUUUGUGUACAUAUGUGCAGUGUCUUUCUUGAUUGUUAUGUUUUCAAUAACCAUUAUUUUGUGUUAUUUGGCCCUUUAGCAUAUAGCUUAUUCUUUUUGAUUUUCUGUAUUUCCUGUAAUUUUAGUAAGAGCUGUUUCUUUGGGGCUUUGAUGAGUGGUUUAUAAAUGGCAUGCACUUAAUGAUGGGCUGUGGGCAAACUCAUGACAAAAGUGCUGGACAAAUACAAAUGUGGUGCAGAAAUGUGCAAGCUCUGCUAGCUGUAACAUUGGUCACUUCAUCUCUGAGCUAGCCAAAUAGCCAGAUUACCAGCUGCUUGAGGACAAAUAAUAAGAUCCUCACUUCUUUACUUUGAGUCACAACUACACAAAAGUCUAUGCUGUCCAUGUUUUUUUAUCAUUUUUUUUUUCAGAGACACUGUACUGAAUUUCAAGUUAAAUGUCUGUUAACUCUAGUCACCAAAUUGUGCCUGACAUAGUGUCUUUCUUUAUAUGUGUAUACUUGGUAGAGCCUUAGAUGAAAUAUGGCAUCAUGAAUAAUGUCAGACGUGCAAUUCUGCAUGAUAAUAGAAACGUGCAUGUGUGCCAAACUUAAUUUUGUGUGUUAAGGAAAGCAAAAUCUGCCUUGGUUUGUAAAACGAAAAAAAAAUAUAAACUUGCCUUGAGGCAUUUAAUGAAUUGCCUGCUUCUAAACACAGUGAUGUGUUCAGGGAUCUGUAUGCCCUGCCCUCCCUGUGUUGUCUCUGCAAAUAAAGAGCAGACUCAGUUUUUA